AUGUCUCCAAGAGAGAAGCGGUUCAUAGCGCUUAGCUCUCUCGUGUUCUGUGCUAUCGUAAUAUUCUGUCUAGUUCUCUAUUAUAUUCCAACCUUUUUUUAUAUAGUUUUCAUUCUUGGAGUUUGUUGCGUUGCCUGUUAUUAUCACAGCGGAGAAUCACUCAACGCUAGGUUAGGCCCUCAUCCACGCCAUGGUCUGACUAUUCCACCCGUGCUGCGACGCUGGUUGCCAGAGAUUGCGAACGGAUUACCCACAGCAGGAAGAGUCAGAAGUCGUACGGUCAAGGGUGAUGUUAGGGAAUCGGUAGUAUUUACCGGCCAAAGACGUUUCGAGAGCGCAAUUUAUCGGAAAGACGCGGGACACAGUGACUCAUUUAUGUUCAGUCCUCGGGAUAUACUCAUGGGAAGUUACAUUGGGAAGGCAGAAAGUCCUCCCUCAGUUGUGGGGAGGCCGCGAGCCGGUGCAAGUUCGGGUGUUAAACCAAACGCACGAGAGCAACUGCGCGAAAUAUUGGCGCGACCCAACCACGCUGUUUAUACUCCAAACAAAAGACUGUCAUUCGGGGGGUGAGUACUGAAAUAAUGUUUAACUAGCUAACAUUAGCAUUAAAGUUCUUAGGCAAGCUAACAGUGACUAGGUAGUUAGCCUAGCAUCAUCAGCUAACGUAGCUAACUGGUUUGCAACUGUCAGUAGCCAAUGUGUGCUAACGGUAACGUUCGUUAGUUAAUUCUGGAAAAAAAAAUGCGCUUACGGAUCAUGUUGCACACAUGAUAGUGCAGUUGUCAAACACGAUUUUAAACGAUUCCAAUGUUGCUAAAGUUCGUAUCGUAGCUAGUCAUCAGUAAAUAGGAAAACAGUUGCUUGUUUUGAAAUGUAUUGAGAAGACGUGCUGCUUCGCCGCAACACGUACUAACAUUCCCUCCAAGAUUUGAAAAUGUGGGAGUUGCUAUCGGCUCCAUUCUCUACAAGGAAGUGUUCCUUCCCCCUCAGAUAGUGCUCGAGACUAUAUUCGUUCUUUGGAUGCUUGUAUGGCAUGAGACAAGCGAUAACAAUGUUUUGAACAUGCAUUAUAGGAAGUUUUACAUUAAGACACUUCCACUUAAUGAUAACUGCAGUUACAAUAGCUUUUACUAUCAUUUUCAAAACAUUGAUAGUUAUUAAAAUAGCUAUGUAAACAAAUGGUUGGUCAGAGCUCAGGCUCUUGACAGAUAAAAUGUCCCCUAUUUUGUUUAAAUUCCUGUUUUGUGGCAUAUAAAAUCAGUUUAUGAAUUAUAUAUGCCAGACAGUUUCUUGUAUAGAAUGCAAUGACUUAAUCCUGUGGUAACUAUUGUGUACAGGGAGCCCCUUGGCAUGAUGGGCAGGUUCACCAUCACUCCCCAGCGCCACUACCCCCUCCAGCAGAUUGGCACCACCUCUGUGGGCAUCCUGCCCCCGGCCCAGUGGGACGGCUUCAGAAAGAAGAACAUUCUCACCCCUCGCAACUCCCCGGCAGUCCACAGUCCAGUCACAGUGAAGAUUGCUAGGCCAGAUCACAACACCACUCUAUCCCCUUUGUAAGUCAUAUUGGCCCUGUCUUGCCUCACCUUAAGUUUUCUAUCAACAUUUUCAGAGAUCUGUUGGUGAUAAUGCAAGCAACUUGUACUUCUGUGAUCAUUCUGUGGCACAUUAUUUGAGUGUCCACAUUAUUUGAGUGUCCAUGUGAAGUUUGAAAACAUCCUUAGUUGUUGGGUGGACCUUUUGACAUUUGUUCUGUAAUUGAUGUUGUGUCUGCAGCUUUGAUAAUUUCAACUCCCCGGUAGUCCUGGGCUCUCCAGGCCUGGGGGCCCCUGCAGACCCCUGCUCCAGGGAGACUGUUCUGAGCGUGCUCAAAGAUAGCCGCAAGAGAGAGGUGGACGAUGAAGAUGACAGGAGCUUCACUGCAGGGAAAAAGUGCAAAAGGAGGUAUGUGACUACCACAUGAUUAAAUAUUAUUGUAUACAACGUACUGUUCUUCUCACGCUUCAGUGUCUCUCUUGGUAUUGUGUGGCUCUUGAAGACGGUUUACGACAUACACCUGCUCUUUGUUCACUUAGGCGCCAUGACAGCAGUGGGAGUGCUCACUCGGCAUUUGAGCCACUGCUGCCCAAUGGAGCUCCUACACAGCUGGUGCCCAAGUGAGUAUGAGCAAUGCCAGUACAAAAAGUUUCUCUCCAUAAUUCAAGUCCUGAUAUUACACUUGAAUGCGACUUUGCUUUCAUUCAGUGUGUUAUAUAGAUAUGUUUAGUUAUAUCUAAAUCAUUAAUUAUUCAAAUACUGUAUCCCCUCCUCCAAUCUCUCCUGAAAUCCUGUCUCCUCUUUAGGCCCGGUACUCUGAAGCGAGGACUGAACGCUAUGGUGGAGGAGUCGAUGAUGAAGAAGUCACGCACCUCCUCCAUCAGCUCUGUGAGCUGUGGCCUGACCCCCAGCGGCACCCUGGGCUCGGUCCGCAACUCCAUCCGCAGCUCCCUCAGCUCCUCACAAGGCUUUGCUCAGGUACCUUUUUAUAAUUUGGAUGGACAGUACUCCUCUGAUUGGGUAUUCCUCUUGUUGGGAUCAACAGCCAGGAGUUCAGUUGACAGAGCUGACCUACACUGAGCGGUAUUGUCGGAAAACCGGGGGAGAGCAGGUAGCCUAGUGGUUAAGAGUGUUGGUCCAGUAACCAAAAGGUUGCUGGUUUCGAAUCCCAGAGCCAGCAAGGUGGAAAAAUGCCAUUCUGCCCUUGAGCAAGGCAGUUAACCCCCAACAACUGCUCCCCGGGUGCCGAUGAAGUGGACUUCAAUUAAGGCAGCACCCGCACCUCUCUGAUUCAGAGGGGUUGCGUUUAAUGCGGAAGACACAUUUCAGUUCAAUGCAUUCAGUUGAGCAACUGACUAGGUAUCCUUUUAACCUAACCCUCAUUUUCACGUUUGUUUUCAAGCGGAAAAAGGCCUCCACCCGCAGCCUCUCCCCUCUCUCCAGCCCUGGGUCGUCCCGCUCCCAGACCCCAGAGAGAGCCUCUAAAAAGCCCAGGUAUUCACCCGGUCUUCCUUCUAGACAUUUCUAGGUUCACACUAUGUCCUGUGAUGAAAUGAGAGCUGCCAUUGUUACUAGCAGUUUGACCUUGUUUUUUUGUCUGUCAGGGAAGAGGAUGCUCGCUCACCCAGCUCUGCGUCCUCAGCGAGGUCUGACAAGAUGUUGACGGACCCAGCACCCACCACUGGUUAGAGCAUGUUUAUCAUGUGUAUUCCAGAUCAGGCUCAGGGCUUUAGCCUUGUCCCAAAAGAGACUUACAUUUUUAUUUUAAAUAAUUGAAAAUAACUGGAGCCACCACAUUAAUGGUCAAUGCACUAUAUUUUCUGUUACAGAAAAACUGACUCCAGCCCCUGAGGUCCAUGUGGCGUCAGACUCUGCCGGUAGAGGGAAACGGAAACGCAAGAUUCCGCUGGUGUCCAGCCGUAGAGGAGACCAAAUCUCUCUGGUGAGAAAUUCUGCGUAAUAGAACAUGUACUCAAAUGGGACACGUAGCUAAUCAUCAGACAGAUGGGGAGUCUUAACAUUGAUGUUGUCUUUGCAGCCUCCACCUCCUGAGCUGGGCUACACCAUCACUGUGAAAGACCUGGAUCAGGAGAAGAAAGACGCUCUCAGCCAGAUCAAUACUGUCCUCGAAGAGUGUGGUGAGUAUUCCCAAAUCACGACUUUUAUAAACCAGUUUGUCAACCAAAAAAAGUAUGGAAUAUUGAUUUGGGGUCAUUUUUUAGUUCCAGAGAAGUCUGCACCAGCUCCAGUAGUGACCACAUCUUCUCAGCCUCCCGUGUCAAGCGACCCCACACCCACCCUGGCCACCCUGCUGGCCAGCCCUCUUCCCAUAUCGACACCUGCCAGUGUGGCAGCUCCUAUCCCUGUGAUCAACCUGGACCCUGUCUCCUCAAGCACAGUCAGCACAGCCCCCACCUCCGCAGCCGCCCCCUCCACAGCCGCCCCCGUCACCACCACUGCCAACCCCCUCCUGGAGUCUCUUAAAAUGAUGAGGAACAACACCCUCGCCAGUGCUGCUGCUGCCACCACCACUGCAGGUCUGUUAUCACAUAUCAAUCAUUUAAUGUUGGGAGACACUUUUCUUUGGUGGUUGUCUUUGAGUGAAGAUCGUUUGAUGUUACUCAUAAGCCUGUUUUUCUCUUGUUUUUUCCUCCAGCUCAGUCUGUCUCCUUGGUGAAAGCAUUUACGACCCCUGCACCACUGGUGCCUGCAGAGCAGAAGUCUGAGACCAGCUUAACUGCUCCUCAGCCCACACCAGCCUCGAACUCCCAGUCUGCCCCAACCUCCCUCUCCCAGCCUGCCAGCCCCAUGCACUCUACCUUCACCCAGGUGCUGAGCCAAGUCACCAAGGCCCCCAGCAGUGUCCCCACACUGGGUGGAGCUAGCCUGUUUGGCCUGGCCAACACACUGACAGCCCCUUCCUCCUCACUGGCCCCCACCUCAACUGCCACCACAGAAACCACCAGCAGUAAUAAUCCCCUCCUGGCCUCUGUGUUCAAACCCAUCUUCGGGGCUUCGACCCCAGCCUCCUCAGCCCCAGAGAGCACACCUGCUGUCCCAACCUUUAAGCCCAUAUUUGGAAGUGCCACAGCCACCAGUGCUUUUGGACAGCCAGCCGCCACCUCCGCCCCAUCCACAGCCAGCGCGUCUGCUUCAUUGUUCAGCGGGCUCACCAACAGCAGUACAAUGGCCCCUGCCGCCUCCCUGUUCACUGGGCUUUCCUGCAGCACCGCUCCUGCCCCAGUCCCCUCCACAGCCCCAGCUGCCUCGCCACCUGUCAAGUCUCUGUUUGGAAACUGGAGUGCGCCGCCUGCAAUGACCUCUGCCACGACCACUGCCCCUGCCACAGGAAGUACCUUCCAGUUCGGCGCCACCUCCACCACAGCUCCUGCACCCACCCUCAGCUCCACUGCAGCCGCCAACACCACUAGCAACAACGGCUUUUCGUUUGGUGCUAUGACCACCACCUCUGCUGCCACUCAACUUGCCCCCCCAGCCACCGUCCUUGGGGGAUUUACCUUUGGCCAGGCUGCAGCCACCCAAAACUCUACCACUGCAUCCUUCAGUGGCUUUGGCAUGGCCACUGCAGCCACUACUACUGCUGCAGCACCUGCAAGCCAGUCCACGUUCACGUUUGGGAAGUCGUCGUUCGACGCCCCGGCAGCAUCGGCGUUCCCCAGCGCCACUCAGGCCCCGGCUGCUACUGCAGCAGCUAAUCCUUUCACAUUUGGGUCAGCUGGAGCUGGGGCCAACCCUGCCCCCUUCGCUUUUGGCGCAGCUGCCACUACGGCGGCUUCUACGUUUGGGACCCCCACUAAGCUGGCAUUUGGAGCCAGCUCCACAGGUUUUGCAUUUGGCAACACCACAGCUUCCCCAGCAGCCCCUGCCUUUGGCUCUGGCACCCAGACUGCCGGCACACUCCCAGCCUCCACCCCAAACUUCUCAUUUGGCGGUGUGUCUGCACAGCAGGCCCCCACUACCCCUGCCCAGCCAGCCACCGGAGGAUUCAACUUUGGCGCAGCCAUUUCAGGCACUCAGUUUGGAACCCCCAAUCUCACAACGCAGACGCCAGGCUUCAACUUUGGGGCUGCAGCUAGUGACAAGCCAGCCUUCGGUCAGUAGAUUUAGUAUAAUAUAAUGCAAAAACUCAUUUACUGAAUUUUAUGAUUUAAAAAAAAUCGCAGAUGUUGUUCAAUGUUGCGUUUUGGUGGCAGUGAGAUUUUACAGUAUUGGCCAAUUUUAAUAGAUGUAUUUUAUUCUACAUUUACAUUUUAGUCAUUUAGCAGACGCUCUUAUCCAGAGCGAUUUACAGUUAGUGAGCUCUAAUUGUUCAUUUAUUGUACAGGGACGUCUACCCCUACUUUUGGCCAGAGCACAGCUGCAGGUCCUAUCCCCUUUGGAAGCCCAGGAACUCCAGUUCAAGGAUUCAGUGCUUUGGCACCCUCAGCAUUCGGUAAGAAAAUAACUAGAGCUUGAUUCUGAUUCUGAUUCUCCAGCCUUCUGUCUGAAGUGUGCAGCAAAAAGCAUAGUCUGUGUUUCUUCCUGACUGAGAAGCUGCAAUGGUUAUAGUCAACAGCCAGGUGCGUCUUUGUAUUGAUGUGUUUUUUGUUGACCAGGCUCUCCAUCAGCUCCCUCAUUCUCCAUUGGCGCUGGCUCCAAAACGUCAGGGGCACGCCAGAGGCUACAGGCCCGAAGGCAGCACCCCAGGAAGAAGUAG